UCUUCUCGUCAUAGACCCAUUGCCAGUGUGAAAUCUUGUGCGAAACCAAUCUUGAAAUGCUUCGUACAAUUGCUGCACGUACUGCCCGCGCCCGGAUAUCGCGCUCUUUUGUGUCUGCGGCCACCUACACAACCGCUACUCGUACCACAGUACCUUUCCCUCAUGUAUCUCAAAUUGCCAUAACGUCCUCCAGACUUUCAGUGACUACUCCGACACGGUCGUUUAGUUCAACAUCGGGAGCACUUGCCCCAAGCUUGGGCUCUGAAGUAUCAGCAGGUGAUGCUGAUUUCGAAACGAUAUUAGCGGAAGCGGGAGACACACCCGUCGUGGUGGACUUCUAUGCAAAUUGGUGUGGGCCCUGUCGAGUACUGGCCCCCAUCCUGAAAAAGGCGGUCGAAGAGAACAAGAAAACGUUUUUAGUGAAGGUGGACGUAGACAAGGCGGAGCAGAUUGCUGCUAAAUAUCAGAUCAUGUCUCUUCCGACUGUGCUGGUGUUCCAGAACAGCAAGGUGAAAGAUUCCUUUAUUGGGAGUCGAGAUGAAGCUGCUGUUAAGAAAUUUAUCGAGAAAGCCACGCAGGCAUAGACUGCUUCACAUGCAGGGACAGACGGGUUCAUGUUUUGUACUCUACAAUGAUUGCUGCCCACUUGAUAUAUUACAAAGCCUGCACAUUUACAAUUAAUCUUAUGAGAUGUCCAGCACCUCCCGCCAACUACCUCCGCAUAUGCAACAAUUCCGAAAUGCGCCUCGCCAUACUACUGGGCCUUUAGCCAGAAGGCCAAUUUCAGACAUCAGCG